AUGCCAUUGCUACUAGUCCGAUAUCGAUAUGUCCAUGAAACAGACCGCACUGUUCAGGCGCACCACAGCCGCCGGCAGCCCUCCCAAGAUGAUUGGCCCUCCCCAUCCCCAUCGGGGCCGAGUACCCCGUCGCCAUCGGAUGAUACUACGCUGGAAACAAGCAGAUCUCCGAGAGUCAUUCAGCCGGUCCCUGCAAUCGCUGAGUCGUCGGCGACAUUCCAUACCUCUCCAAGCUCGGCCCUGCUACCCCUGGAAACGGCACCUAAUUUACCUCUAGAAACGCCUUGCAGUCCUCCCACUCGCCGCUGGUCGUUCAAAGAUGCCACUGAGGUUUUGCUCUUCCAGCACUUCACGCGAUGCCUCUCCUCAUUUUUCGACCUCUGCGAUCCGGACCGCCAUUUCGCCAUCCAAAUCCCAGUCCGAGCCCGGCUCUACCCCCCACUGAUGGAUGCAAUUUUGGCCCUCUCCGCCCGCCACAUGAGCCUUGUUGGCAAUGAAGUGGACUCUAUCCUAGCGAGUCAUUACUACCAACGUUGUCUGAGCAUUCUUAUACCCGAACUCGACAGUGUCCACCAUGACCGCGUGGACGACCUUCUCGCAGCAACGAUAAUCCUCAGACUGCACGAAGAACUCGACGGCCCAUUUUCAGGGUCAGAAACAACAUACCGCCACAGCAUAGGCACGCGCGCUCUACUCCAAACCCAAGCUUCACAAGUCUCGUCCGUCUCUGGCCUUCGCCGUGCCGCCUUUUGGGCGGGAUUGCGGCAGGAGAUCUAUGCGUCGAUUAAGCGGCAUCGCCCGCCUGCUAUUAGAGCCUCUGCUGAGAUGCUGGCACAUCUUGGGCCUUUGGCAAUGGAUAGUGCGUGGGCGGAGAUAUGA